CCCGAGCCGAGGCGAGCCAUGUGGGCUGGGCUGCUGCUGCGAGCCGCCGCCGCCGCCGCCUGCCUCGCGCUCUCCCUGCCCGGCGUCUCCUCCCGGGGCUACACGGGGGGCAGGAAGAAACCCGUUCCCUUCGCGGCCGAGAGACGCCGCCUGGGCCCCCACGUUUGCCUCUCAGGGUUUGGAAGUGGAUGCUGCCCCGGCUGGGUGCCCUCCCUGGGCAGCGGACAGUGCACCCUCCCUCUCUGCUCCUUCGGUUGCGGCAGCGGCUUCUGCAUCGCUCCCAACGUCUGCUCCUGCCGGGAUGGAGAGCAAGGCAUCACCUGCCCAGAAGCCCCCGGACCAUGUGGUGAAUAUGGGUGUGACUUGGCCUGUAACCAUGGCGGCUGUCAAGAGGUAGCCCGAGUCUGCCCUGUGGGGUUCUCCAUGAUAGAAACAGCCAUCGGCAUCAAAUGUACAGACAUUGAUGAAUGCUUAAGCUCGUCCUGUGAGGGCCUCUGUGUGAACACGGAAGGAGGAUUUGUGUGUGAAUGUGGGCCGGGGAUGCAGCUUUCUGCUGACCGACACAGCUGCCAGGACACAGACGAGUGCUUGGGGGUCCCUUGUCAGCAGAGCUGCAAGAACAGCAUCGGCAGCUACAGGUGCUCCUGCCGAAUGGGCUUCUACCUGCAUGGUAACCGGCACUCCUGCGUAGACGUGAACGAAUGCCGCCGACCCCCGGAGAGGCGCGUCUGCCAUCACUCCUGUCACAACACCGUGGGCAGCUUCCGCUGCGCCUGCCGGGCGGGCUUCCGCCUCAGUGCCGACAGGGCGUCCUGUGAGGCGUUUCCGAAGGCCGUGCUUGCCCCCUCGGCCAUCCUCCAGUCCCUCCAGCACCCCCCGAAGAUGCUGCUGCUCUUUCCGGAGUCCGGCCCGCCCGCCCUGCCUCCCGGCCAUGGCCCUCCAUCCCGGGCCCCGGGCCCCCCACCAGUCACCAGAACGACCCCUGCCCCGACGCUGCCCUCGGCGCUGCCCGGCCCCCCCGCCUCUGCCCGGUCUCCCGCGCCCUCGGCUCCCACGGCCUCCCCCUCCCCCAGCCCCUCCUCUCAGGGAAGAACGGUAAAGCCGUCUGUCCUGGCGGGCCUGCUGCCCCCCUCGCUCCUGCACGGCGAGGCGGGGAGGACCCCGCCGCCUCCCAGAGGCCCCUCGACGUCCCGGCCUUCCCCGGCGCCCUCCCCUUGCUGGCACCAAGGAAGCAGCCGCGAGCAUGGGAGCCGCUGGACCGAGCCCGGCUGCUCGCGCUGUGGGUGCCAGGACGGCGCGGUGACCUGUGACCGGCUGCGGUGCAAAGCCUCCUGUUCCCACCCGCUCCCCUCCCCAGACGGCGGCUGCUGUCCUGACUGUUCAGGUUGUUUCUAUGAUGGUUCGCCCAGGGCCGAGGGGGACGUGUUCUCCCCCGCCAGUGAGAACUGCACCGUCUGCGUCUGCCUGGCCGGGAACGUGUCAUGUCUGGCCCCCGAGUGUCCUCCCGGUCCUUGCCUGACCCCUCCUCAGUCUGACUGCUGCCCCUGCGUUCCAGCGCGGUGCUACUUCCAUGGCCGAUUCUACCCGGAGGGGGCUGAGUUCAGCGGGGAUGGGGAUGAAUGCACCACCUGCGUCUGCCAGAACGGGGAGGUUCAGUGCACCUUCACGCCUUGUCCAGACCUGGCUUGUCCAAGAGAGGAGUGGCAGCUGGGGCCAGGCCAGUGUUGCUUUACCUGCCGAGAGCCCACCCCUGUGUCAGGCUGCUCUCUCGAUGACAAUGGAAUUGAGUUUCCCAUUGGACAGAUCUGGUCCCCUGGUGAUCCCUGUGAGUUAUGCAUUUGCCAGGCAGAUGGCUCUGUGAGCUGUGAGCGGACCGACUGCGUGGAGACGUGUCCUCACCCCAUUCGGAUCCCAGGACAGUGCUGCCCCGACUGCUCGGCAGGCUGCACCUACACAGGAAGAAUAUUCUACAACAACGAGACCUUCCCCUCUGUGUUAGACCCCUGCCUCAGCUGCAUCUGUCUGCUGGGCUCUGUGGCCUGCUCCCCCGUGGAUUGCCUCAUUUCCUGUACCUACCCCUUCCACCCGGAGGGAGAAUGCUGCCCGGUGUGCCACGACUGUAACUACGAAGGAAGGAAGGUGGGCAACGGGCAGGUGUUCUUGCUGGAGAAUGAGCCCUGCACUCGCUGUACCUGCCAGCUUGGGGAGGUGAGCUGUGAGAAGGUCACCUGCCAGCCAGCCUGUGCUGACCCAGGUCCGGCAUCGAGGGACUGCUGCUCCUCCUGCCAAGGGGUCUUGCUUCCCGUGGAAGGGAUAGCUGAGCUGGCUCUGCCCAAAGCCUCCCAGAGCCCCGGAGAAGCGGCCGUGACCCCCCAGAACUGCAACGUCAGCUGUGGAGCCCCCCAGGCUGAUGCUCAGAGUCCGGGACCUCAGCGUCUCCAGGUCCUUUUGAGAAAGAACGUGCCGGCUGUGGAGACUUUGCCCGUGGAGCCCCAGGGGCCGGAGCCCUCUCGCUUGCCCCAGCCGCGGCCAAGGCCUUUCCUGGGUUCUUGCUCCUCACCAGGGGCCUCCUGCCUCAAUCGCUUCACACCGGGAGCCUCUCAUCUACCUCCUCCCUCCCCAGAGGUUCCUCCGUCUCUGCCUGCCGUGUCAGCGACGUCCCCCCCACCGUCAAGGGUUCCGGGAACCCUCCGGGCCCAUUCAGCGUCCGAGGGGCUCUCGCCGCCCCUCGUCAAAGUCACGAGGUCUUCUGGGCCUUCCGAGACCAGGCAGGACCCUUCGGAGCCUCCCACAGCCAGUUCAGCGAUUCCAGGGUCCUCUCCCAACUUUGCUAGACUGUCUUUCUCCCCUACAGCCUCUCCCAGGUCUCCCUGGCUGAAGCCCACGGGGAAUCCCUCCCAUAAAGGGGAACAGAGUGUAUAAUGGGGGCUUGUUUGGGGCCUGUGCCAGCAGGCCCGUGGGGGAAUGGAGGGGGACAGAGACAGAGACAGAGACAGAGACAAAGUCAGAGAGAUUCCUGGUCCAAAGAGCGCGUGGGACUUUUUGAGAUGUCUCCGGUGAAAGGGAUGGGAAGGAAAGGCCUCCACUGGCCUUCCCCUCAUCACAGCAGUACCAGGUCCAUAUUCUACAGGAAAAUUGGAUGUCUCCCAGACCCUGCUUCCUCCCAGACGGCACCGAGCCCGGGCAGAUGGUGGAGAGAAGCAGGCCGCGUCUCCCCUCGGGUCAGGUCAUCUUCCCAGCCUCUUUCUCUGGUGAACUGGGGAAGGUCAGGAAUCGGGGAAGAGUUGGAGGAGGCCUUGGAGCGGGACCACGUGUGCAGGAGCUUCAGCGGCCUCCCUGUGGUUGUGUGACACCCGCAGCCUCCUUCUUAGCUCCAGGUUUCCCCAUUAAAGGUUGUCUCAGUUACCCCAAA